CAAGAGAGGCGACCUUCAAUUUCAAGUAAUGAAGCGGGCACAUUCUGCAAACCAGCGCCACCGGAAUCACUGACAAGUCGGUAUCUAAAAGUAUAUCAAAAGCCCACGAAUCCGAAGAGAAAUGGUUUCACCUUCUUCGCUGAGAGGAUAUGUUGCAGUUCUUCGCAGAUUCUCGAAUGGGGUUGACGCAAAAUCCUUUAUUUUUCCGAGGAGUGGCUCGCUAAUGAGCAGGAACCAUUUAUUAUCACCAUCGUCAAUGUCUUCAAUUUGUAGAACUUUAUUGGUUUUCCUUAACGAAGCGAAUCACAGUGAACACACUCAAGUGAGGAGGAUACGGACUUACCCUCCUGUUUGUAUGGGCAGGCGUUCUUGCAAGAUUGCUCACAGAAAGGGGGUUCAAGGUGCAAAGAAGGCAAAGCUACAUUUGAGAAUGGCAAAGGAGGUUAUAUCUGCUGUAAAGAAAGGCGGUCCAAACCCAAUAUCAAACUUAGCUUUGGCUGCUGUACUCGAGAAAGCAAAGGAGCUUGAUGUACCUCAAGAAAUUGUGGAGCGCAACAUCAAGCGAGCUUCAGAGAAGGGACAAGAGGCUUUUAUUGAGAAACUCUAUGAGGUAUAUGGUUUUGGUGGAGCUAGUAUAGUAGUUGAAGUUUUAACCGAUAACAUCAAACGAUCUGUGGCGGCAGUUAGAGAAGUAGUGAAGAACUAUGGGGGAAAGAUGGCAGAUCCUGGUUCUGUUACGUUCAAGUUCAGACGGGUACGAGUUGUAAACAUCAAAGCUACUGAUGCUGACAAAGAUCAGCUUCUAUCCAUUGCUUUAGAUUCUGGUGCCGAGGAUGUCAUUGAACCUCCAUUAUAUGAAUAUGAUACUGAUGAAGAUGAUUCGGAAUGCUACUAUAAAGUUGUCAGUGCAACAGAGAACUACAGAACAAUCUUAUCAAAGCUACGAGAGGAAGGAAUAAACUUUGAGACUGAUAAUGGUUCUGAGUUGCUUCCUUUAACUACAAUAGAGGCUGAUGACGAAGCCAUGGACUUGAACAAAGAACUUAUAUCUAAGUUGCUUGAACUCGAUGAUGUUGAUGCCGUUUAUACAGACCAGAGAUGAUCAACUGAGUAUGUUUUUUUAGGGGAUUCUGCAAUAAAAUAGGAAUUUGGUGGCGUGGUGGGCUUUCUGUAUCGGGCUCCCACACGAUCAUACAAGGUUUGGCAGAUGACCCAAAAGCUUCUUCAUUUAAAAGUGUUUUAAUAUAUGAGAUCUGAGAUGAAUCAUUUGCUUCUGGUGGAUGAUGAGGUAUUCUUCUUCAUUUUAAUAAUGUUUAGAGGCACGUGGUUGGUUUGAUUGCA